AUGCUCGAUAAGUCCUCUCCGUCACUCCCGGCACAAUCUCCAUCACGACCACUCCCCAAAGCGCGCGAUGGAUAUUUUCAAUGUGGGUUCUGCAAGAAACACUACAAUCGAGCAGAUCACCUAAUUCGACAUGUCCGGUCGCAUACCCGCGAGAAACCAUACGUUUGCCAUGUGUGUAACAAAGGCUUCGCCAGGCCGGAUCUGAUGAAGCGACAUGCUGCAGGCCAUGACCAUCCGCGAGAUGGCAAGCGCAAACGUCCCCCGCAAUAUGCGAAGAGCGGUCGGGUCUCCCAGGCGUGCAAAGCAUGCGCCACGUCAAAGCUCAAAUGCGACGAGGAGAAACCCUGUCGACGUUGUCGGGACAAAAAGCUUAUUUGCGAUUGGCACGACGCGGGAUUCGAUGAGUUGACCCCUGGUUCUCCUAUGCAAGCUACUAUAGAUAAUCCUCCAUUUGCGACUCCUGACUUUACUGUGAACAAUUAUUUGCCUGAUCCGCCCGACGCCGCUCCCGAAAAUCCUCCGACUACCAGUUAUGAUGGGAGCCUCAUCGAAGCAAUAUCACCCGCGUUAGAUCAUGAAAGUGGUAUCUUCAGUGUCGAUGGAACCUUCUUCCCCGAGUUCAUCCCCGAUUCCCUCAUACCAUCCUUAUCCCGCCCGAACGAAUUCGACCCCCUGAAUUCCAUCAAUCCUACGCCAGACUACCGCCAUAACCUUCUCAAUACUAACAUGCAAUUUGAUUUCGAUCUGACUGAUGUCGACUUUGGCCUGAUCGACUACUUCAACUCCCAGGGACUAUCACACACUGCUCCACAGCCCCCUGAUGCACCCAAUGAUCGGUCCGAUGUGGAUAGUAGGAUUGCGCUUGGUGCCGAGGCCUACAAACGGUCAUCGCUGUCCGCCUGGAAACCUGCACAGCAUGACCAUGUCUUUGCUGACCAAGAUGAUCUAUCAGUCCCAGUGGUUAUGGACAGCCCAGGAUCGAGUAUUAGGGGCGAGCGCCAGAUCCUUCCUGAGAGACUCUCCUCGGGUAGUCGUGAUCUUAUAUUCGGAAUGGUCUUGCAGACGAGCGAGAAGACCGCGGUUCCGCGCAUAAUAAAAUCAUUUCCGAGCACUGAGCUUUUAGAUGGUCUCAUACAAGACUACUUCGCCUACCAAAGCCAUCAGCUUGAUCCUUUUAUUCAUGCUCCCACAUUCUACCCCAAUGAAGAGAGCUCCGACAUGCUAACAGCUCUUGCUGCCUCUGGUGCAGUCCGCUCGGCUAUCCCAACCAUCCGUAAGCUGGGCUACGCAUUGAUGGAAGUUGCACGCCUCCAGAUGUCGACUAAGACAUUCGCAGUCGUCAUUGACAUUGGUUUAUGGAGCGGCAAUGGUCGGAGGACAGAAAUAGCGGAAAGCUUCCAACAACCACUGGUGACGGUUCAGAUGCUUCGACGGGCAUUGCGUUUUCGCAGAACCAUCUAUACGACUAUUGUUCCAAGCCCUGAGGACAACGAGGAAGAACUGCAGAAGAAAUGGCACUCUUGGAUCGAGCAGGAAUCUUUCAGAAGACUCGUUCAUCAUCUAUUUUUACAUGACGCCCAGUGCGCGAUGAUGUUGAACGUCAGUCCACUCAUUUCGUACGCAGAAUUGGAGCUUCCGCUCCCAUCCAUUCGCGCACUAUGGGACGCCAAGUCAGCAGCAGCAUGGAGGGAUACCUACCUAGCCCUUGGAUUACUUUCAACCGAGCGACAGCCGUCCCUAGUCGAGGCAUUGCGGGACAUGUCCCGAUUACAAGGAGUUGUUGAUUUGCAACUGGCCGGUUGCAUCCUUCUACACGGCUUUUCGGCCAUGGUGAAUGAGUAUCACCGUUUUAGCUUUAUUUCCAAGGGAAAUCCCAAACAUUGGAAUGCAUUGGUAACCAACUCGCGACACCAGGAACUAUCUCAAGCUUUGCAGCACUUUCGCAUGAUUUGCUAUGAGUGGCCUAGCUUUCCCAUUCCUGAAGUUAUCUUAAUAUACGAGAUGAUCUCGAUGUUACUAUACAUGUCACUAGAGGAUCUACAGUUGUUUGCCGGGAAGGAAGACAAGAAUGAGGCACGGCGAGUCUACCACAGUGCGCUUGAUUGGAUCAGCAGCAUCGACUCGCGACGUGCAGUGUGGCAUGCCGGCCAAGUCAUCCGGGCCGCCAAAGCCAUUCCCGUGGGGUCGCUAACUGGCUUCCUAGCAGUAGGUGUGUACUAUGCCAGUUUGGCCUUUUGGUCGUAUAGCGUGGUGCUCAAGGCAAAGAAUAAUAAACUGGCCUCGGAGAGCCGCCCAUUGGGUCCGCCUUCAACUAUCCGCGGCCCAACAGUCUAUCUAGAUGGAGACGAGACGACCGACGUGCAGAAAUUCAUCUCUCUUGGAUGUGGGAGUCCGGCAUUACAGGGUCGGCAAGGUCCUGCGUUUGUCUCCGAUCCGGGACAAACGAUGGAUGUCACUCAGGAGCUUCUGCGGGCAGAUGCUUCCCACGAUGCGCUUCCCCCAUUGGUUCAGGGGUUGUGCCAAUUGAUGAACGGCCUUGGUAAUGCUGCUAGAUCUACCACUUGA